CUUCCCGUAACCUGAACAUGCGGCCCUCUUCCAUGGACGCCAAAAUGAUCGGUCGACGACACGUAGCUGUGCAAGAGUCGGAAUCUCACGAAGAAGCAGGAAUGAGGCAAAAUGUCCGCCUCUUUCAUCCGGCCGACUGCCAAUCGAGCAGUGCAUCUUCGAAUGAUCCCGCGGCCGUCCAACUUGGCGGAAUCACGAGAGAUCAUGCGCCUGCUCUCGCAAUUCGGAGAAGUCGAAUACUUCCGGAGUUUGAAGUAUGAUGCUGCGUCUGCGCCAGGCGCUGCGCUGGUGAUUUACAAAGAUGCGGACGCGGCAAAGGAAUGCUUGAAGAGAAGCCCGAUCAGGUUUCGAAUGGGAAGAGCGUCGGACAAACCACGAGCGGAGCAGCAAGUGUCGGAAGGGGACGAUUCGUCGUAUAUGGAAGCGGCACCAUCAAGCCUUCCGAGCGGUUCGCAACGAAACUACCCAUCAGCUCAAUCGCGAGGGAUGUCUACUUCUCCCAUCCCAACGCCUCCGCACCCGAAAGUCCGUAUGCCCUUUGAUCAGCCUCCACCUGCCGAUCCCCCUAGACUCGACCAAGAAGACAGCAGGAUGUUCCAGAUAAUCACCAAUCGCAGCGUUCGAAACUUCCGCGACCACAUCAACGCAGGCGCUUACCACGGCAACUUUGGCCUCGACCCCAAAAGUCCAGGGCAGGAGGAUCUGGCGCGCAAGGUUCCGUAUUCGGGCUUGAGUUGUGUGAAUUGGAAAGCCGUCGAUCGGCCGUGGAGAGUGAUUGCUCAAGAGAAGCAGAAGUCUUCAACGUUGAGUCUUGGUCAGAUGGCUCGGAGGACUCCGAGUAAUACGACACGAGACAUCGAGAGUGCUUCCUCCGAUCGUGUUGACAUAGAUCGAAAGAUCGGGACAGGCAAAGAUGGCCGCCUAAGUCAAGACGAUACCCUCGACACCAUUUUGAAGGGGUGGGAAAGCAUGUUCCCUGGCGGCUCCGAUACGCCUCCGCCUACACAACGCUACUCGAGAAAGCCGAAGUGAUGUGAGGAUCUUGUCUCGUGGCGGUCCUGAACCGUGAUGUAGCCAUCCCACAUGCAA